AGGCGGGCUUUACAGCAGUAUAUUGGUUGUAGCUGAAGCGCUCACCAGUUCAACCUCAGAACCAUCCGCGCGGGCGUGUAGAUCAGUUGUUCAAGUGUUAGACAGCUUAGCAGUCAUCAUGAGGGAGAUUGUGCAUAUUCAGGCCGGUCAAUGUGGUAACCAAAUUGGAGCUAAGUUCUGGGAAGUAAUCAGUGAUGAGCACGGCAUUGAUCCUACAGGAACCUACCACGGUGACAGUGACUUGCAGCUUGACAGAAUAAGUGUUUACUAUAAUGAAGCUACAGGUGGCAAAUAUGUUCCUCGUGCUAUUUUGGUGGAUCUGGAACCUGGUACAAUGGACUCUGUUAGAUCUGGGCCUUUUGGUCAGAUCUUUAGGCCAGACAACUUUGUCUUUGGUCAGAGUGGAGCUGGAAACAACUGGGCAAAAGGUCACUACACAGAGGGAGCAGAACUUGUGGACUCUGUCUUGGAUGUGGUAAGAAAGGAGUCUGAGAGCUGUGACUGCCUACAAGGGUUCCAGCUUACCCACUCACUGGGUGGUGGUACAGGAUCUGGUAUGGGCACACUCUUGAUAAGCAAGAUCCGUGAGGAGUACCCAGACAGAAUCAUGAACACAUUCAGCGUUGUACCUUCUCCUAAGGUGUCAGACACAGUUGUAGAGCCUUAUAAUGCCACUCUGUCAGUCCAUCAGUUGGUUGAAAAUACUGAUGAGACCUAUUGCAUUGACAAUGAAGCCUUGUAUGAUAUCUGUUUCCGCACCCUCAAGCUUACAACACCCACUUAUGGAGACCUCAACCAUCUGGUCUCUGCCACUAUGAGUGGAGUGACCACAUGCCUCCGCUUCCCUGGCCAGUUGAAUGCAGAUCUCCGUAAAUUGGCUGUAAACAUGGUUCCUUUCCCCCGUCUCCACUUCUUUAUGCCUGGUUUUGCUCCCCUUACAAGUAGAGGCAGCCAGCAGUAUCGAGCCCUGUCAGUACCUGAGCUCACACAGCAGGUAUUUGAUGCAAAGAACAUGAUGGCUGCCUGUGACCCACGUCAUGGCCGCUACCUUACUGUGGCUGCUGUUUUCCGGGGUCGCAUGUCCAUGAAAGAAGUAGAUGAGCAGAUGCUUAAUGUCCAGAACAAGAACAGCAGCUACUUUGUAGAAUGGAUCCCCAACAAUGUGAAGACUGCAGUCUGUGACAUCCCGCCCCGUGGUCUCAAAAUGGCUGUCACUUUCAUUGGUAACAGCACUGCCAUCCAGGAGCUCUUUAAACGCAUCUCUGAGCAGUUUACUGCCAUGUUCCGUCGAAAGGCCUUCUUGCAUUGGUAUACAGGUGAAGGUAUGGAUGAAAUGGAGUUUACUGAAGCAGAGAGCAACAUGAAUGACCUGGUGUCAGAAUAUCAGCAGUAUCAAGAUGCCACUGCAGAAGAGGAAGGAGAAUUCGAAGAGGAACUAGAGGAAGAAGCUUAAUUUCUGAGGCCCUAUUCCAGUAGUAAAGAGACUGAAGCCCUCUGUUGCUGAUCUUUGACAUUUAAAAUUCUUUGUAGCUGGGUAUUGUAGUAGUCUUGCCUCUGAGUGUAAAGCAAUGAUGUAUGGUUUUAGCGGGCAUUGUAAGACUUGAUUCGCUUUUUUCAACCAAGUGAAAUGUGGGAAGUGGUGCAGCAGUACCUUGGUGCCAUCUUAAAUUUGCUUUUGAGUUAAGUAUUGCUGUCUAACAUGCAAGGCUAAUGGGGGACCUGUUAUGCAGUUUAGUCUUCUGUCUCUAAUGUUUACCUGAUGGCACCAUGGGGUAUUAAUUUUUGGUAUACUGGCAGAAGCAUUUGGUUAACUUGGAAGGGUUUUAAAUGUUAGAAGCUCAGCAUAAGAGUGUCAAAAUGGUAAAUAAAAAAAAUAUAUA